ACUCACAGAACUUGCAACCCUUGAUUCACGUUGCAAGCUUGUACCCUUGGAGUAGACUUGUAUUAGACUCGUCUAAUACUAUACUCCCGUUCGGACUUGACAUGCAGCCGGACUGUGACCUGACACAAAAAAAAACACGUGACUCCAAUCCGAGCAAGAUUACUCUGACAUCCUCCUCCUUCAGCUACCUUCCAAGAAACCCCCUCCUCUCCCCGACUUCCCCGGAACCCUCACGGCCUCACCGGCGGCUGGUUAAUUAAGCGGAUCAGCGCAAUGAAGAUCCUUGAGUCGCCGCUGAUGGGCGAGUUCAUCGGGUACCUCAAAUCCACCUGGAGCGGCAACUCGCGGGUGAGCCAGCGCCGGCGCCGCCUGCGGCAGCUGGUAGCCAUGGUGCGCGGCGUGGCGGACGCCGCCGAGGGCCGCGCGGUGAGGAGCAGCUCGCUCAACCGCUGGCUGGAGCUUCUGCGUAACGAGGCCCUGCGGGGCCAGGCGGCGCUGGACGCGACGAGCGACCCGUCCGCCGUCGUCGGCUCCGCGAGAAAGUUCGUCGCCGGGCUGAAGACGCUGUUCGUGUGCAGCGCCGAGGUCGACCGCCUCACGGACGCCGUCGAGGCCCUCGAGCGCCUCGCCGGACCCGGCGCCGACCUCGACAUCUUCCUCAAGACGCUCCAGCUCGACGCCGCCGCCAACGCCAUGGACGUCGACGGACCUUCUUCCGCCUUCGUGGCUGCGCGGUAUAGGGCGGAGCAGGGGAGCUACUCUGUUUCCGCUGCCGGAGACGACGAUGACGAGAUGCCAAUGCUGGGCGUGAAGAGGAAGCGCGUUGGGGGGUGUUCCGGCGUGGAGCAAGCCGGAGCUGAAGAUGGCGAUGGGGAGGGCGAGGCGGCGUCCUGUGGCGGCGGCGGGGAGCGGGUUGUUGUUUUCGUGGACCGCGCGUGCCGGCACAAGCGGCGGGCGCUGGCGUGCAGGCGGCACGCCGCGGGCGCCGGCGCUGCUCCCGCGGCGGCGGUGGCGGUGGCCAUGGCCAGGGUGCGGCGGCGCAUCGGGAGGCCGGACAUCGGGCGGCGCCUCUCGAGCAUCUCCCUGCAGUGACGACGACCCAUCGAGCAGGCUGCGGGCAUUUUGGUUUCUGUUGCUAGGAUUUGGGAGGAAUCGAUCAUCCUAAAAGCAGGGGCAUGCAUUUGGUGAUGCAGAUUAAGUAGUUCUUCGUAGAAUAGCGAGUUGAUCGGAUUUAACUCCUGCUGAUGGCUUGUUCCUGGCCGAUGCAAACUGGAGUCUUAGUUUCUUUCUCGUUUGUUGAGGUCGACUUGUGUUCUUUCCAGCUUCAUUAGUGGGAGUACUCCGCUGAUGUUACGAGGUUAGCGCAAUUCAAUCACUUUCGACAAAGACCCUGUUGUUACU